AUGGCCAAUUUCUCAAAUGCUCUUUUCUAUGGCCUUUUGUUCUUCAUCUGGUUCGCUGCCACCACCUUCUUCCGUUAUGUUCUAAAGAAACGAAAAAAUGGUUCUAAACCAGUUCGACACCCUCCAAGCCCUCCAUCACUGCCCAUCAUCGGCCAUCUUCACCUGCUUGGCUCCAUAGCAUCCAAGAGUUUCCAAACCUUAGCCAACCAAUACGGGCCGCUCAUUCGGCUCCGUAUUGUUUCAUCCACAGUUGUUGUUGUCUCCAACGCUGCCGUUGCCAAAGAGUUCUUGAAGAAUAAUGAGAUGAAUUUUGUGUCCAGGCCACAAUUUGGGGCCGCAGAUUUUAAUAUCUAUGCUGGCUCUGAAUUUGUUAACGCGGAAUACGGCCCCUAUUGGCGUUUCAUGAAGAAACUUUGCAUGACUGAGCUUCUUUCCGUGCCACAGGUCAACCGGUUUGUUGACAUCAGGAGGCAAGAGAUGAUGAAGUUGUUGGAGAUUCUUGUCAGUUUUUCAGAAGAAGGGAAGGCUUGUAAUUUGGGAGUGGAACUUAUGACCAUGACUAAUAAUGUGGUUAGCAGGAUGGCCAUGAGCACCAGAUGCACGCCUGCUCUUGAUGAAAGUAAGCUCCUGUGGGAGUUUGUGAAGGAGAUUCUUGAGCUUGCGCCCAAGUUUGCUUUGGGAGAAUUAUUUGGUCCUAUAGGCAAAUUUGAUUUGUUUGGAUAUGGGAAGAGGGUGAAGGCCUUGAUCUCGAAGUUUGAUUCAUUGGUGGAGAAGAUAAUGGUGGAACAUGAGAACGAGUUGAACUCCUCUAGUAAGGAAAGGAAGGACAUGAUGGAUAUUCUCUUGGAGAUUCACAGGGAUAAAACUGCUGAAGUCAAGCUGAGUAGAACUGACAUCAAAUCAUUUCUUAUGGAACUUUUCAUGGCAGGCACUGAAACAGUGAGUGUGGCACUGACUUGGACGCUAGCAGAGCUCAUAAAUCAUCCAAAGGUGUGCCAGCAGCUUAGAGAUGAAAUCACUACUGUUGUGGGAUCAAAAAGACUAUUCCAAGAAUCUGAUGUUCCAAAGCUUCCUUACCUGCAAGCAGUUGUUAAAGAAAGCCUAAGGCUACAUGCUCCUGCACCCUUGAUAUUUCGUAGAUGUGGUGAAGAUUGCAAAAUCAACGGCUAUGAUAUCUUGGCUAAUGAGAGGAUAGCAUUCAAUGUCUUUGCUAUUAUGAAGGACCCGAGUUCAUGGGACAAUCCGCUCGAAUUUCUACCGGAAAGGUUCAUGGUGGGAUCUCGAGACGCUUAUGAUGAUUACCAGAUGGAUAUUAAGGGACAAAAUUUCAAUAUUUUUCCAUUUGGGAGUGGAAGAAGAGGGUGCCCUGGUGCAUCACUUGCCUUAGCAGUGGUUCAUUCAGCAGUUGCCCUGCUUGUUCAGUGCUUUGAUUUUAGAGUGCAGGGAGGAGAAAAGAUAAACAUUGAAGAAGGGCCAGGGUUAUCUGCUGGCUUGGCUCAUCCACUCAUGUGCUAUGUUACUCCGCAUCUUAAUCCUUUGGAAAUAGUUGUUAACGAGGCCAAAUAACUAGAGAAUUAGAAUCUUGUUUUUUAUUGCAGCUAGAAGCUGUUCAUGUUACUAAUUCCCGUAAUGCUUAAAUUUCUCUUUUUAUAAAUAAAGAAU